AUGUAUGAAAAACGCUCUAAAAUCACUGAACGCAUUUAUAAACUUAAACCCGAGACCUUAACUCUACCCCUCCAUGUUAAACCCGAGACCUUAACUCUACCCCUCCAUGUUAAACCCGAGGCUCUAACUCUACCCCUCCAUGUUAAACCCGAGACCUUAACUCUACCCCUCCAUGUUAAACCCGAGGCUCUAACUCUACCCCUCCAUGUUAAACCCGAGGCUCUAACUCUACCCCUCCAUGUUAAACCCGAGACCUUAACUCUACCCCUCCAUGUUAAACCCGAGGCUCUAACUCUACCCCUCCAUGUUAAACCCGAGACCUUAACUCUACCCCUUCAUGUUAAACCCGAGGCUCUAACUCUACCACUCCAUGUUAAACCCGAGACCCUAACUCUACCCCUCCAUGUUAAACCCGAGACCUUAACUCUACCCCUCCAUGUUAAACCCGAGGCCCUAACUCUACCCCUCCAUGUUAAACCGGAGACCUUAACUCUACCCCUCCAUGUUAAACUCGAGGCCCUAACUCUACCUCUCCAUGUUAAACCCGAGACCCUAACUCUACCCCUCCAUGUUAAACCCGAGACCCUAACUCUACCCCUCCAUGUUAAACCCGAGACCUUAAUUCUACCCCUCCAUGUUAAACCCGAGGCUCUAACUCUACCCCUCCAUGUUAAACCCGAGACCUUAACUCUACCCCUCCAUGUUAAACCCGAGACCCUAACUCUACCCCUCCAUGUUAAACCCGAGGCUCUAACUCUACCCCUCCAUGUUAAACCUGAGACCCUAACUCUACCCCUCCAUAUUAAACCCGAGACCCUAACUCUACCCCUCCAUGUUAAACCCGAGGCUCUAACUCUACCCCUCCAUGUUGAGGUUCAUGAGCUCACUGGGAACUUCACCCUCUGUUUCACCAUCUUCGCGCUCCAGGAGCUUCACAAUGCUUCCUUCAACCCCAUCCAAGUCCAGUCCAAGUCCAAGAUCAUGGGCGGCACGGUGGCUUAG